AUGGGACUUCUUACGCUCGGCACGCCCCUUACUUGGGAACAAGCAAAACAAUAUGCGGAUUACGUUCGAGCACAUGGCAUAGAUCAAUUUCUAACAAUCUAUCAUAAGUUAAAAAAUAAGCAGACAGCUUGCUUGUUAUGGGGUGAUGAAGUCGAAUAUGUGGUAAUUGAAUAUGACGACGAAAAUAAAAAUGCCAAAUUAUCUUUAAGAGUAUUCGAUCUCCUUAAAGAACUGCAAAAAGAGGAAGAGGCGGCUCUGGAUAAUCCCACUAUAGGGAGAACGGCUUCUUGGCGACCCGAAUUCGGAAGAUAUAUGCUUGAAGGUACACCAAGUAGUCCAUACGGAAAUACCAUGCAAGACCUUCUUGAGGUGGAACGAAACAUGAAAUUGCGGAGAGAAAUCGCAAAAAAUUACAUGAAACCUAAUGAAGUGGCAGUUACGGUGACUAGUUUUCCACGUCUCGGCGCUCCUGGUGUGUUUACGGAACCUUACUAUCCACCAACCGGAGAUGCAUCAAGAAGUUUGUUUCUUCCCGAUGAGAUAAUAAAUCCACAUGCUAGAUUUCCCACGUUAGCAGCGAAUAUUCGUAAACGUAGAAGAUCCAAAGUUGCCAUCAACCUACCGAUUUUUCAUGAUAAAAAGACACCAAAACCUUUUAUUGAUCCUACAAUUCCCAGAAAUCGGGAUCUUUUUCCAGAAGAUAGAGAAGCAGCGCAAGGCGCAGCCCUGGUGGAUCACAUUUACAUGGAUGCAAUGGGCUUUGGCAUGGGUUGCUGCUGCUUACAAAUAACUUUUCAAACCUGUAAUAUAGGUGAUGCAAGGCUUUUGUAUGAUCAGUUAGCGACUAUGGGUCCAAUAAUGUUGGCUCUGACAGCUGCCGCUCCUGCAUACCGAGGAUAUCUUUCUGAUGUGGAUUGCAGAUGGAAUGUAAUCGCAAACAGCGUUGACGAUAGAACACCAGAAGAACGAGGCAUUAUGCCUCUAAAAAAUGAUCGUUUUACCAUCAACAAAUCACGCUACGAUUCAAUAGAUUCAUAUAUAUCCACAGAUGAGAGGUUAAAAGCAGAAUAUAACGAUCUUCCUUUAGUAUAUGAUGAAAAAAUUUGUAAAAAAUUAAUGGAUAAUGGAAUCGAUGAAUUGCUAGCACGUCAUAUAGCACAUCUAUUUAUACGUGACCCUCUAGUCAUAUUUGAAGAACUCUUAGAUCAGGAUGAUGAAGUGUCUUCUGACCAUUUUGAGAACAUUCAAUCUACGAAUUGGCAAACAAUGAGGUUUAAACCGCCACCUCCAAAUUCAGAUAUUGGAUGGAGAGUUGAAUUUCGUAGUAUGGAAGUCCAAUUUACUGAUUUUGAGAAUGCGGCAUUUGCUGUUUUCAUCGCAUUAUUAACGAGAGUCAUAAUGGCAAUGAGAUCCAAUUUUUAUAUACCCAUAACAAAGGUCGAUGAAAAUAUGGGAAGAGCACACAGACGAGAUGCAGUUCUGAAGGAAAAAUUCUGGUUCAGAAAACAACUUUUUAAUCAUAAUAAUUCUAUAUCGAGCAAUGGAUAUGGCACACAUAGAUGUUCAAAUCCCACUACCUCAAUUAAUAAUGAUAAUAGCUUUUAUACUAAUGGAAUGGACGGAAUUACUGAAAUAAAUGGUCUCACUUCUCAUUCCGCAGUCGAUAAAGAAUACACGGAAAUGACAAUAAAUGAGAUAAUUAAUGGCAAUGGUACAGAAUUCCCUGGUUUAAUACCACUCAUUAACAACUAUUUAGAUUCCAGAAACCUAGAUGAACCGACGCGAGCCAAACUAAAUCAAUACCUGGAUUUUGUGAGCAAAAGGGCUAAUGGAACACUACAAACUGCUGCUGCCUGGAUACGAGAGUUUAUACGUUCGCAUCCAAACUAUAAUUAUGAUUCAGUCAUUUCACAAGAGAUCAAUUAUGAUCUCAUUAAAACUAUUGAGAGAAUGCAGAAAGGUGAAGUUAAGGGAGUUCCUAAUAGAGAAAAAAUAUUAG